GAGUUGUAUUAGCAGUCUUGGUUCUGUCUGAAGUAGUUCGUUCUCAAGGCGAUUUUCUUCAGCACUUUCUCAGCAUCAAAGUGAAUUAAAGCAAAUUAAAUCUGAAAAUUAUUCAAAAUUCUUGAAAACAUUUAAAAGUUUUGAAAAGAAAUAAAAAUGGCUUAUAAUCUUGGUCAACAAGCAUUCAACAUCCCAUCAUGGCAAAUCACCAGUCCUGGAAUUAUGGGAAACUUGACUGUGGUCGAUAAAGUGCCCCAGGAGAUGAUGAGUUUGAUUGAUCCUCAUUGGUAUCAAUUUCCACCAAUGAAUCCAUUGUGGCAUUCAAUUCUUGGAUUUGCUAUUGGACUCUUCUUGAUUAUUGCACUACUUGGCAACAUGUGCGUAAUCUACAUUUUCACGAAGACUAAGACACUCCGUACACCAUCAAAUUUAUUCGUUGUCAAUUUGGCUGUUUCUGACUUUAUGAUCAUGUUCACGAUGGGACCACCAAUGGUAGUCAACUGUUACCAUGAGACAUGGGUCUUUGGACCUUUGAUGUGUCAGCUUUAUGGAAUGGCUGGUUCUCUCUUUGGAUGUGUUUCCAUCUGGACAAUGACAAUGAUUGCUUUCGAUCGUUACAAUGUCAUCGUUAAGGGUUUAUCUGCCAAACCUUUAUCUCAUGGAUCAGCUGUAUUCAAAAUCUUCGUGGUUUGGGUUGCCUCUGCUGUAUGGACAGUUCUUCCUUUGUUCGGAUGGAAUCGUUAUGUACCAGAAGGUAACAUGACUGCAUGUGGAACUGAUUAUCUCAGCAAAGGAUGGGAAAGUCGAUCCUAUGUUCUUGUCUACGGAAUUUGGGUUUAUUUCCUUCCACUUUUGAUGAUCAUCUACUCAUAUUACUUCAUCUUGAAAGCAGUCGGAAAACACGAGAAAAACAUGAGAGAACAAGCCAAGAAAAUGAAUGUCGCUUCAUUGAGAUCGGCUGAAAAUUCAAGCCAAAGCACCGAAUGCAAACUUGCUAAGAUCGCAUUGAUGACAAUCUCAUUGUGGUUCAUGGCAUGGACUCCUUAUUUGAUCAUCAACUUUGCUGGCAUUUUCGAUCUUACCGCAUUAAGUCCAUUGGCAACUAUUUGGGGAUCACUUUUUGCUAAAGCCAACGCCAUUUACAAUCCAAUUGUGUAUGGAAUUAGCCAUCCUAAAUAUCGUGCUGCACUUUUGAAGACAUUCCCAUCAUUGGCAUGUGGAAGUGACAAUGACAAUGACACGCAAUCUGUUGCAUCUGGUGUCACCACAGUAGCAGAAGAAAAAGCAGAAAAACCAACAGCUUAAAUAUUUCUCCUUAAAAUUUAUUUAUUUGACCGCGGCUUCACUCAAGGAUAAUGAAUUGGAAAAAACAUUUUUAGAUUAGUUUUUAAUAUUCAGCAUUGAUGAAAAAAUAACAAAAAAAAAUUAAAAUAAUAAAAAUUUUCUUUGAUUCCUUGCAAAAA